CUGACGGCUGUGCCGCUGGAAGUCUGGUCUGUUCAAAAAGGGCCAAAUUUGUUAUUUAUUUUUUGUCACCUAAUAUAAGAAAAACCUCUGAAGGUUGAGGUCCGUAUCGUGGUUGAGAAGGAGCUAACUGGCUAUAGGUUAGCUGCAUACAUGGCUAGACACGUAACACCCAGACUCAAGGUGGUGUCCUCAGGCAGGUUGACAGGAUCUGGCAGAGGACAGAUGACCAGGAAAAAGGCUGCAGGAAGACCUCUCCAUCUAGACCCUUCGUAUUCUCUUUACUCUACAGAUUCAGAAGAUCAGGUCAUAACCAUAAACAGAGGCUUGGAUCGAUGUGCAACUUUGCUCAGUAAUAUUCUUCAAGCUGAAAAAACAGCAGACGCCAAGACAAAGUCACAAAUCUCAAAGGCAGCUCCUUGUAAAAAGAAAACAUCACUUUACAAGAACGAAGCUGAAAAAAAGAGGGUUGGGAAGAAGGCAAGUGCAGUUGCAUGCAGAAACAAGAGACCAGCUCUGGUGCAGAAGACCAUCUUGCCGUCGCAGGCUUGUGCAGGUUUGAGAGGGCAGGCGUGUGCCAGAGGUGUGCAGAAGCCCUCUGCUGUUGAUGUCAUCAUCGGAUCUGAAGUAAAGCCAGGAGACACCUCGGUGACACAAGUGGAGUGUGUUCAGCCACGCAGCUUUCCUCUAGGCAGCAGUCUUCCAUCCACAGGAUCGCAGCCCUCGACUGUAUUUAACUGUCGUCUGACCACCUCCACCCCUGCGCUCAGUCCUCACGGCCCCACAUCAGCUCAAAGUCAAUCGCCUCACAGAGGAGCAGACGGAGAGACGCAUCACUUCACUCAGCAGUUAGCUGGAGCCUCUGCGGCGCCAUCGACUCAACACAGAGCUUUAAGUGCUGCGGUUACUUCCGCCCAGUACACAGCAUCUUUCUCUGUAGCACCAGCUAUCCAGGUGCGGCCUGCAGUCUCCACAGCGGUCUCAGCUGUACAGUCCUCCAGUCCUGUUCUAAUUGGACCUCAUGCAGGCUCAGUUGGACAGAGCGAACCUCAGAUAAGCCCGUCUCCUUUGGCGUCAGCGCGCAUCCCCACACUGGUACCCCUCCCCACCCACAUCCUGGUGUGCGACAGUUCAGAGGAUCAACAGCUUUCUUCUGGAGAGUGUGUGUCAUCUUUGUCAGAGGAGAGCGGAGACUGCAUGAGCGAAGAGGAUGAGCUGGACAGAGUGGACACCAUGCCGGUCAGAGACACAAGCUGUCAGAGCAGCAUAGACAAACGUGCUGUGAUGCUGAAACACAAAAGCAAGUCAGGGAGCCCUGAAAAGACAGCCAGGAAGGUAUUGACUGUCAAAUACCUGUUAGGAGAGCUGAAGGCGCUGGUGGCUAAUCAAGACAGUGAGGCGGUUCGUCUCAUCUCAGAGGUGGAGCAGAGCAUCUCCCUGCUCCCUGCCAUGGUGGGCAGCACCAACAUUCAGGCUGAGCUCGCCCUCGCGCUGCAGCCACUGAGAAGCGAGAAUGUGCAGCUCCGCAGGCGCCUGAGGAUACUCAAUCAGCAGUUACAGGAACGGGAGAGAGCAGAAAGGCAGGCCAGACCGGUGGAUUGUCAUCUAGAAUUGGUCUCACUGCAGUCGCUGAACCACACACUUCAGACUCAGUUAAAUGACCGCCAGAGAGAGCUGGAGAACCUUCAGCAGGAGAACCAGAAACUACAACAGGCUGUAGAGGACAAAGAGAAGGACCUAGAGCAGACAAAAGAGCAGUGCGAGUUAGAGACAAGUCGUAUACGUAUGGAUGUAAGCGAGGCGUUAGCUGAAAUGCGAAACUGUCAGGCUAAGCUGGAAGACUCUGAGAGGGAGAAGACUGCACUGACACACAGCCUCCAGCAGAAGGAGGCAGAGAUCACGAAACUACAGGAGCUCAUCAGAAAUCUUCAGAAAAGCCCCAUCCCCUGCUACCCUGCUCAGACAGACGUCUCUAGGCCUCCUGCAGCUCAACUCACAAAGAGUGUUUUAGAUCAGUAUGAGAAUCAGCAGCGAGAGCCGGCCUUGGCUAACCGAGUCACAGACUCUGUUACAGCCUACCUUCAGACUCUGAAGGAUUCGGAACACAGCUCACCACCUCACUCAGGUCACCCUCAAACCCAUGAAGUGUCUCACUCUUCACUUGGCCAGUGGAAACGCACGCAAGAGAGCUCCCCUAAAAUCUCAGAUGUACACACCUCACUAAAAAACACGAUAGUUAGCAAUGUGAGUCAGGAGAGCAAAACAGACUUUGUUCCGCUAAGAGAGACGACGAGGGUGCAGUCUGCACCAGUUUCCCAGAAGCAUUCUCCAGUUCAAGAAAGCAAUCACGUCGGACUGAAGUACCUCGGUCUUGCUUUUAAUACACUUGGCAUCUCGAAUGAACUCCCAGCUCUGGAUGAUGAUUGUUGUACAGAUCACCUUUCCUGUCCUGAUGGCGUGAGCAGACAGCUGAAACAGUCCAGAGUGGGUGCUCUCAAUCCUACAGAGCAGUCCCAAUCCCAACAUGCACCUCGACGUCUACAAAUGGGCGAGGCGUCAGUAUACGCAGGAAGGCCGUCAGCAUAUGAGAACUCCUUUUAUUCAUGUGAUUUAAAAUCCUUAGUUUCAGAAUGGAGCGUGAACUCUGGGUCUACGUUUAACACGCGGGACGAGCAAGAGUUCCGUAACGGGUUAGCAGCUUUAGAUGCCAGUAUUGCCAGCCUGCAGAGGACCCUGAAAGCUGACCUUAAGAGAUGAUUUAGUUUUAAAACUAACAACUUUUGUUCAAAUAUUGCUUUUAUAUUUUAAGUGUUUUAAUAAUGCUAUUAAAUUAUUUGUAAUCAAA